AUGACUACGCCGUUCCGUCUUUUGUCUUUGCCCUGUGCUCCCUUGAAACGAGUUAUUCAAUGCUUUGAUUUGCGCGAAUUAGUUGCAUGUUCCGUCCUCUCAAAAAGAAUGAAUGUGGCAUCUCGGGGUGCAGGUUUUCGUUAUGAUUUUUUUGUGGAACUCAAUGGAAAUUUUCUUCGUGUGUACCGUUAUAUGGACAAUACUUUCUUUUUCAACUUGGAUGAUAGAAUCAAUUAUUUAGUUGUUCAGAAUCCAAGACACAGAGAACAAGCUCGAUGGUCAAACCUUGGAUUGUCAACAGGAGAAUGGCUUUCUAGAAUCCUUCAUGUCACCAACUAUCAACAAUUCCAACUAUAUAUUGGUGAUGCUCCAACAAUUGAUAUGAAUUGCCGUUUACUUUUCUCGGCUCUAUCAGAAAUCAAGAGCGUAUCUGUCAUAACUCUACAGAAUGAAACGAACACAUUUGUUCAGAAAGUUAUAGAUGUCAUUUUGCCAAAAACCUCAACUUUUUUUAUUCAAACUCAUCACAUGUCAAAGAAGGAGCUUCAGAAAAUGUUAAUACAAAAUCUGGUUUCUCUUGAAAUAUAUUGUGAUGGAUUGCGUUUUCAGUUGGACGAUCUUCUUAUGACUAAUGCUACGCAAAUCGGAGUCAAUCCUGCACAUUUGUCCGGUAAAGAUCUCAAUAGAUAUUUCAAACACUGGAUGGCUCUGAAUAGCAAUUCUCGAAUGGAACAUUUCUCAUAA